CAGCAGCCUGCAGGGUCUGGCAGGAUCAGCAGCUGUCAGAGUGAGAGUGGUGGAUGUUUAGUCUGGAUAUUUCCUCAUGGUGACGCCGCUGUUUGGGGCGGCACGCAGCUGGUUGGAUCAAACAACCCCUUGAAUCUGCAAUGAGGAUCGAGGAAAACCCCAUGUUUCUCUUUGUAUGGAUACUGUAUACUUCCUUACGAGUAUCAGGAUAAGUUCUGAUAAACCCUGACUGGUCCAGAACAGUGAACUGGAAGUGUCAUCGCAUCAUGGGAUCAUCCACACUGGGAAAGGCAGCAUCUCUGGAUGCUCUCUUACAUGAGUGCAUCCAUGCAUUUGAUGACAAUGGAGAGCUGCAAGCCAAUCUGCUUCCUCGCAGCCUACUGAUGAUGCAUCGCUGGUACAUCACUUCGUCAGAGCUGGCAAGAAAACUGCUAACAAUGUACCGCGGCUGCAGUGGUGACAGCUGUCAGCGGACCAGACUGAAGAUCUGUUAUUUAAUGAGGUACUGGAUAAUGACAUUCCCUGCUGAGUUCAACCUGGAUUUGGGUCUAAUCCAGAUAACAGAGGAGUUCCAAGAUGUUGCCGCCCAGCUUGGUUGUGAGGAGCAAUUCAAACUGAUUGACAUCUCCACCAUUCCAUCGUAUGACUGGAUGCGUAAACUGACCCAGAGGAAAAAGCAGGCCAAGAAGGGAAAGGCUUCUCUGCUUUUUGAUCACCUGGAGCCCAUGGAGCUCGCAGAGCAUCUCACAUUCCUGGAGUUCAAGUCCAUUCGCAGAAUAUCUUUCACUGAUUACCAGAGCUAUGUCACCCAUGGUUACCUGCUGGACAACCCAACUCUGGAGCGCUCCAUUGCUCUGUUUAAUGGAGUCUCGCAGUGGGUCCAGCUCAUGGUGCUCAGCAAGCUAACACCUCAGACACGAGCUGAGGUCAUCACCAAAUACAUUCAUGUGGCUCAGAAACUCCUUCAGCUGCAGAACUUCAACACUCUGAUGGCCGUGGUGGGGGGCUUAAGCCACAGCUCCAUUUCUCGACUGAAGGAGACUCACUCUUAUCUGAAUCCAGAGGUUGUGAAGAUAUGGAGUGAAAUGACAGAGCUGGUUUCUUCCAAUAACAACUACUCCUGCUACCGCAAGGCCUUCAAUGAGUUCCAGGGCUUCAAAAUCCCCAUUCUGGGUGUGCACCUCAAGGACCUGAUUGCUGUGCAUGUGGUGUUUCCUGACUGGGUCGAGGACAGUGACAAAGUAAACCUGGUAAAGAUGCAUCAGCUCUACAUGACCUUCAAUGAACUGGUGUCUCUGCAAAGUGCAGUUGCUCAAGUGGAGCCCAACAUGGACCUCAUCUACCUGUUGACGCUUUCUUUAGACCUUUAUUACACAGAGGAUGAGAUUUAUGAACUGUCACUGCUAAGAGAACCACGUAACCCAAAGUCCCAGCCUACCUCUCCAGCAACUCCCAAUAAGCCUUUGGCUCCUCUUGACUGGGCUUCCGGGGUCACCACCAAACCAGACCCCUCUGUGGUCAACAAACACAUCAGGAAAGUAGUGGAUUCUGUCUUCAGGAAUUAUGACCAUGACCAUGAUGGUUAUAUUUCUCAGGAGGACUUUGAGAGCAUUGCUGCCAAUUUUCCUUUCCUGGACUCUUUCUGUGUUCUGGACAAAGAUCAAGAUGGACUGAUCAGUAAAGAUGAAAUGAUAGCAUACUUCCUCAGAGCUAACCCUCUGCUCCAGUGUAAAAUGGGUCCUGGUUUCAUCCACAACUUCCAGGAGAUGACCUACCUGAGGCCCACCUUCUGUGAACACUGUGCUGGAUUUCUCUGGGGAAUCAUCAAACAGGGCUACAAGUGCAAAGACUGUGGGGUAAACUGUCACAAACAGUGUCGAGAGCUGCUGGUUCUGGCCUGCAGGAAGCUGAUCCGAUCUAGAUCUCUGAGCAGUGUCUCCCCUGCGAGACUGACUCAUAGCUCACUACCCAACAGCCCCACUCUGCCCACAUGUAAAGAUGAGGACGAGGUGUUUGAGUUCCCCUCGGUGAUAUCAGCCAGUCCGGUUCUGAACUCACAGUCCAUUACCCUGAUGACCAGGUCAGCUCAAAGGAUCUCCGUCCGCCUGCAGAGGGCCACCACCAGUCAGGCCACGCAGACCGAGCCCAUGUGGCCUGAACACAGCUGGGGGACCACAGACGGGGGCUCUCACACUUUCCCCAAAAUGAAGUACAGGACUCACAGGAAGGCCUCAAAAAGUAAAGGAUUUGCCUGCUGGGAAAACCAGUGGCAGCAGGGAGUUUCCAUGCGAUGCAGCAUGGACUCCCAGGAAAGGUCAGAGGUCACAGGAGAACUAAUACAGAACAGGUUCACACACAGAGGGAAGAGCAGCUGACUUCUUCCUGGAGGUUCGGAACGGUCUGGGAGUCAAAGGAAGCUCCUCUCUCUGGGGGAAGUACUGGGCUGUCUGAGGUCAAACAUGACUGACCUGGAGUCAUCAAACCACUUGUAGACCUGAACAAGGGCCGAUCCACAUGCAAAUGGAUACAGUGAACUGUAGUUAAAGGUCAAAGUUAGGACACCAGUGGAGUCAGACCCACCCAUCCUGUGAGGCCUCGACAGAUGGGAUCAUGUACAUUACUAAGACCAGACUCGGGGUUGGGUUCACUCCAGGAUGUACAGCAUUAAGACAUAUCCAGUGUAGCUAGUUACUUGGAAACUCCAGCUUGGGUUCAGGACUGCUUUGGUAAAAGGCUGGAAGAGAAAAUGUCUGUUGAUUGAUGCUGAAAACGGAAAAAUAAGCGAUGUGAGAGGAAGUGUAGAUAUGUAUGUGUGAUGCUGCAAUACAGUGGGACAUUAAGGCUCAGCUGAGUAAAAACAAGAUCAUGUGUAAAUCUUCACUCGGUGUCACUAAUCUGUUGACAAACCAUUUGUAACUGACAAAGUUGGAGUAUUAUUUACAGAUGUGAACUUCAGUGAUCAGUCAUCCAUAGGCUAAAUCAUUGAUGUCAAAAUCAUUUUAGUUCAGGUUCCACAUUCAGCCUAAUUUGAUCUCAAGCAGGCCGGACGAGUAAAAUAAUUACAUAAUAACCUAGA